AUGGAAGCGAAAUCAAACUUUUUAUUUCUCCCCAGUAUUUCUUCAGCAAGAAGCCGCUCUAAGCCACGCGCUGCACCACAGUCUUUCAGAAACCUUACUCCAAGCCCUAAAAAAGCGCUUUCAAGUUUGUUACCAUAUUCUCCUACAGAAUCGGUUCCAAAGCCAAUCCAUCUUAUUCCUCCUUAUAUAUCUGCAAAAGCAUGAGGAAUAUUUCAGCCUAAUACUGGAGAAAUGCUAUAUGGCUCCAAGUUUGAUGAAAAAAGAGAAAUAGCAAGUCUUACCAAAAUAAUGACAUGCAUUUAUAGCAUUAAAUUAGCUGGAGAACUCAAUAUAAGCUAUUCCAAUAAAAUCACAAUAAGCAAAAAAUCAGCGGAAACAACAGGGACAACUGCCAAGUUAAAACAAAAAGACGAGAUUAUGCUUAAAGAUCUAUUUUAUGGACUUAUGCUUCCUUCAGGAAAUGACGCUGCUGUAGCAUUAGCUGAAUAUUUUGGUGGACUUAAAAAUGGGUAGUUAAUUAAAAAAAAUGAAAAAUUGCAAACUUUAUUCCUAUAAAGUGGCUGUAAUUAUUUUCUGGAGAAAUCUGGAAAAAAAUAAUUUGCUUUUUAUUGAUAUCCGUAAAAAUGAAGGACCUCCAAUAUCGCAGUUCGUGAAAGGAAUGAAUGAAUUCGCCCAAGAGCUAAACCUGGAAAAUACUUAUUUUAAAAAUCCACAUGGAUUGUCAAUAAAGCCCAACUUCUCUACGGUGAGGGAUGUAUGCAAACUAGCUUCUUAUGCAUUGAAAAAUGACUUUUUCUGCUCACUUCUUCGCUUAAAUUGAAACAAAUAUUGGCAAUAUUUUCUAUAACCCUUUUUAUAUUGAACUGUUAUUGUUAAAAAUAAUAAUUCUAUUAUAUCCAAUUUAAUAUGGUAGAAAUAAAUAAGUUCUUCUAUUCUGAACUGGGAGUAUAAAUAGAAUGAUAUUAAAAAGUUAGCACUUUAAAUUGAUAAAUUCACUUUAUAUAAAUAUUUUCCAUUAUAACAACCCAUUUAAAUGGAAAAGAUCUUUUUAUUCAAUAUAAGGGUGAGUCAGUUGUAAAUACCAAAAGCUAUUCUUGUUUGAUUGAAAAUACUGAUUCUGGAGACAGAAAAGUUACAUGAAAAAGUACAAAUAAAUUAUUAGGAAAAGGUUUUGAUGGUAUAAAAACUGGGCAUACCUAUAAAGCAGGACCCUGCCUAUGUGUAAGAACUAAAACUUCAGAGCCGCAAUUAAUUGUUACAGUCCUAGGCUGCAAAUCCUAUGAAAGCCGCUGGAGUGAAGUGCCAAAACUAGCAACCUGGGCUAAAAAGAAACUUGUGUAA